UAGCACUGUGGCAAACGUCAGACGAUGUCGAGUCGAGUGAUAGAAAAAUAAUUUACUUCACGACGUUGUGUGUUAAAUAAUUAUGUGAAUGAUGAGAUGAAAGUGUAGAUAAAUGUUAAUAUAGUGUUCAAUAGUGAUUAUGGCGCAUAGUGGUGGUGUUUUAAGUUCGGAUAUAUCUCGGAGGAAUCCACAAGAUGAGUAUGAACUCAUUCAGAGGAUUGGUUCGGGAACCUACGGUGAUGUAUACAAGGCGAAAAGGCUCAACGGCAACAAUGAACUUGCUGCCAUCAAGGUGAUAAAGUUGGAGCCGGGCGAUGACUUCGCGAUCAUUCAGCAAGAGAUCCUCAUGAUGAAGGACUGCCGCCACCCGAACAUCGUCGCGUACUACGGAUCUUAUCUCAGGAGGGAUAAGCUGUGGAUCUCUAUGGAGUAUUGUGGGGGAGGGAGUUUGCAGGAUAUAUACCACGAGACAGGUCCUCUGUCGGAGCUGCAGAUCGCGUACAUGUGCCGCGAGACGCUGACCGGCCUCUCGUACCUGCACAGCAUGGGGAAGAUGCAUCGUGACAUAAAAGGCGCGAACAUCCUGCUCACGGAGUGCGGCGACGUGAAGCUGGCUGACUUCGGUGUGUCGGCCCAGAUCACAGCCACCAUCAACAAGAGGAAGAGCUUCAUCGGGACUCCGUACUGGAUGGCGCCAGAGGUGGCAGCUGUGGAGCGCAAGGGUGGCUACAACCAGCUCUGUGAUAUUUGGGCGUGCGGCAUCACUGCUAUUGAGCUAGCCGAGCUGCAGCCGCCCAUGUUCGAGCUGCACCCGAUGCGCGUGUUGUUCCUCAUGUCCAAGUCCGGCUUCAAGCCGCCCUCGCUGAAGGAGCGCGAGCGCUGGUCCGCCGUCUUCCACUCCUUCCUCAAGCUCGCCCUCACCAAGAACCCCAAGAAACGACCCACCGCUGAUAAAUUGUUACAGCACGCGUUCUUCCAGCAAGACAUGAGCAAGCGGCUCGCGAUAGAGUUGCUGCACAAGUACUCCAACCCGCCGAGCCAUUGUAACAACGAGCCGGACGAGGAUACUGCGCUGUCCACAGUCCCGCAGCGCAUCGCGUCGCGCCACACGGGGCGCGCGCGGGGCGCGGGGGGCGCGGGCGGGGGCGCGGGGGGCGCGGGCGGGGGCGCGCCGGGCCCCGCGCGCCCGCGCUCGCUGCUGACGGCGGGGUCGCGCCGCGCCGCCUACGACGACUCGCCCAUCGUGGACCUGGACGCCGACGACGACCUCAGCCGCCCCGCCCUGCCCGGCGUCAUGCAUCUGCAUGCCGAUGUCAACGCUAGCUGCGAUGGAGACACUAUCAAGAGGAAUGUAUACCACAGACAAUCAAGCGAAGACUGGAGUGUCGCAUCACUAAUGAGCUGUCCGAAACACAACCCUUUAUCACAAGACUUAGCCAACGACACGCUCCCGACAAGCGAAAAGAGCCUCUUGCAAUAUAUCGAUGAAGAGUUAAUGCUCAGGGCAACAUUACCUUUAACCGCGGAAACGGCAAACAUGGCGCAAGCUGGCAACACAGCGUUAUCAAUGCACGACCAACACUUAUCGCAAUGCAUACAGUUGAAACAGAACUUCUUGAACAAUUCUACCACUAAUAUCUAUCAGAAUCUAGCUUCUAAUUUCCAAAGUCCCAUCGGUGCUUCCAGAGUUUCGAUCGACGAUCCUUUGUGUAGGAAAAUAGGGGAAGAUAUAAUGUAUGUGGAUCAGCAAGAAAACGACCACUUAGAUACACCUUUAAGGAACGCGAACUGUGAAUGUGGGCUUUGUCCUAAACCUGAGCCAAGGGAUAACAAUACCUUAAGUGACCUCCAGAGGUCGGUAGCCAAGUGUUCCUGUGACGUGUGCAACUCAAACGGGGACAUAUUAAGCUACUACAGAAACUGCUCGAACCAAAACACGGACUCCGGUAUCGUUUACUGUGAUAUAUGUAAAAAACAAAAAAUCUCAGUUUCAAACUUCAGGGCCCUACAAAUCGCGAAUAGGUUAAGAAUAUCCGAAGACGACAAACUACAAAAUGGCGGCACGGACGACGAUCUCUGCAGGAAAAUUGACAUUAGCUUGAAUAUGGAAGACAAAAUGUUCGAACACAGGAAAAAACACAACAGACAUAACUCAGAUUCGGUGACCGCAGGCAUAGAUCUAAAUCAAUUCUGUCAAUGUGAACUCGAGGUUAAGAGGAAAACGUCGUCGGUAGAUGAAAUUUUCAAAAUGGUAGAGGAAAAUGGGCGGGACUUGAAGACGGAGGCCAUAGAUGAGGAGAAUAAGACUUCGCAACGGCAAAGGAGUUUGUCUGACAGCCAGCGGGAUAAAGCCAAAGUUGAUAAUAGCGCCCCCGGUGUAGAGGCGGGGGCUCCGCCAGUGCCCCCACGACGAGCCCGAGCGCGGCGGGCGCAGUCCCCCGCGCGGGCCGCGCCCAACGGCCUGCCACCCACGCCCAAGGUGCACAUGGGAGCCUGCUUCUCUAAGGUGUUCAACGGGUGUCCUUUACGGAUAAACUGUACAGCCUCUUGGAUACAUCCCGACACGAGAGAUCAACACAUACUUAUAGGCGCGGAGGAAGGCAUCUACACACUAAACCUGAACGAGUUACACGAGACGGCGAUGGACCAGCUGUGUCCGCGGCGCACUAUAUGGAUGCAUGUCAUCAAAGAUGUGCUCAUGUCGCUGUCUGGUAAGACCCCGUCGCUGUACCGGCACGAGCUGCUGGCGCUGCUGGGCAGUGCGCGCGGCGGGCGCUCGCUGCGCGUGCUGCCGCCGCGCCUGCUGCCGCGCCGCUUCGCGCUCACCACGCGCGUGCCCGACACCAGAGGUUGCAUUCGUUGCGCGGUUGCCCGCAACCCCUACAACGGGUACAAGUACCUGUGCGGGGCGACGCCCGCCGGCCUCUUCCUCAUGCAGUGGUAUGAUCCACUCAGAAAGUUUAUGCUGCUCAAGAACAUAGAAUGCGUUCUCCCAUCCCCACUGCUGGUGUUCGAGCUGAUCAUCACUCCUGAGCUGGAGUACCCGCUGCUGUGCGUGGGAGCCACCAGGAAACCCUUGAGGCUCAACCUGCUCAACAUUAACUCUGGAGCGACAUGGUUCCACUCGGAGGAGUUGGAGGUGUGCGUGGGCAACUCAAACACAGUCAUCCCGCGACCAGAGAGGUUGCACACGCUGAGGGCAGUGCAUCAACUCAACAAGGACUCCGUGCUAGUAUGUCACGAGAACGUGGUGGACAUAAUCCCCGUCCUACCUCCGAGCGUGGAGCAGCGCUGGCGGCAGGAGGACGACAAGCGGAGGAACAAGCUGCUGUCCAGGAUACAGUUCGAUUUCAACAUCGAUAGCAUAUUGUGCCUGGCGGACUCAGUCCUGGCCUUCCACCGCCACGGCGUGCAGGGCCGCUCGCUGCGCAACGCUGACGUCACGCAGGAGAUCUGCGACGCCUCGCGAGCGUACCGCCUGCUGCCGCACGACAAGGUGGUAGUACUAGAAUCACACGUACUACAAAACAACACGCUGUCGGGCGAAGACGGCAACGAUCUCUACAUAUUAGCGGGACACGAAGCCUCCUACUAAUGGUACCAACACGCCACUAAAAGUGCCGCGCGGCACUAAAUAGUGCCACGAGAGAAAUGUGUCCAUCCGACACUAAACGACGAGAAAAGAGGUAUUUUUUCAGUUUCAAGACUGGUUUUCGUUGAGAGUCGAGGAUGUAAAAAAAGACAGAAUAUUUUUAUUUAACAGAUUAUCUGGAUAAGUCUAAAUAAAUACCUAAUACCUAGUUAAGGCUUGGCUUUAGCUAACCUAGGUCUUGAUGAUAGUAUUAACAACUUACAAAAAGUAUGUUAUGCGCUAUACAGGAAACCUGAUUAACUUUAGAAAAGAAAAUUUCACUCGCGUCGAUAAACAAACAGUUACAAUACAAAAAUUACCGAAAAUUUCAUCAAUCGAUAAAUAUCGAUUUGAUAAGCACAAAUCGAUCGAUUUUAUAGUACCAGAACAUCACUAGUCUAAAGCAAUAUGGCGGAUUUACCCAAUAGUUUAAAUCCUAUGUACUGGAUGUAUCAACGAUUUUACUAUUUCAUAUUUACGUGAUUAUAGUCGAUGUAAUUUAGUUUUAAUAAAAUUGUCGUUAAUAUUCCCUACAUCACUGCCAUUGCGUGGUAUUUAAUGAGACAGUAUUUUGAUAUUUUAUAUUCUGUUAAUUAAUCAAUUCAAGCUGCCGAAACACGGACGAAUUCGUUAUUUCAGAUGGUCACCCAUCCACGGAUCGACUGUCUCUAGCGUAGCUUAACCUAUGAUCAACCAUUUGCAGUUAUAGUUUUUAUAGCAGUUACAAAUUGUAAAGGAAAGUAUGAUGUAAUAUUAAACUUUAUUUAAAUAUUUUGCAUUUAUUGAACCACUUCUCAAGAAUGCUGCCAGCUAAUGUUCCAAAACUUGGAAUAAAUUUAGCAAUUAAUUGGGCGUCUUACAUCAGCCAUCUAUAUUGCAUUUCGUUCUACGGGCUUACGAUCAAAUUUAAACCUUAACGUUUAUUAAACAAGACUUAUAAUCAAAUAUCAAAGUACUGUCGCCAUUAAAAACCAUUUAGUUAAUCAUUCCUGAGAGCAAUAAGUUUGAUUAGCAAACGAAAUUAUUAUUAUAUAUACACGCCCCUGCGCCUAGAGGGCAUUUAGAGUCCCAAGUAAUCUAUCUGUGUCUCUUCUAUACAUUUAAAAGGCAGGGGUACUCAACAUUUUUUGUGUCUCAGGUGUUUGGUUUCACUUAAACAUUUUUGCCAAAAAAAGUAUGGCUUUAAAUGUUCAUUACUUCAAAUGCCAAGAAAAUUAUAAAAGUGUAAGUAACUGGGCAAAAAAAGGUUGACUACCCCUGGUUCGAGUUGUCAAAUUUGACAGUUACUGUUAAUACGAUGUGCAGUGAAUGCCAGUGAUGCUUUAUAACGCUCGCGUACUGCUUUAAAUGUGAAAAUAAAAAUCUGUAUUUUAGUACAGUAUUCAGCCAAAUCGGGCCGAGUCCAAGAGAUUUAAUUUAUUUCGCGUUAAUACUGCAAAUAUAAAUAAUAAUAAUAAUGUUAUAUAACACGUUUCUAUUAUAACAGUUAUUAACUGUGAUCGCAUUAUUAAGAUGUAUUAAUAUGUGUAAACGAGUAUUUUGUGCGAACAGGGUCGAUCGACUAAAAGUACUUUCUUAGUUUUGAAAUCGAUUAGUGAGAAUCUUAUCUGUUAUAGCAGAGCCAGGACUGCGAACUGAAUGCGCACUUCAAACCACCAUAGUGUUGUGCGUUGUAUUAUACCUGUCGAUAAUCGAUAACGUACAAUGAGAGUCCAGAGAAAAGUAAUGUCACAUCCCUUCUUAUGACUCAAUUCGCACGGUAUUAAAUAGCUCAACUUUAGUCGAUAUCGACUGUCAGCCAACCCUAUUUGUCACAUCCCUAAUUACUAUUUUAUAAAUCUUGUGGUUAAGGUCGGUGUUUUUAACCGGUAAAAUAACAAAGUAUAUUAAUUAACAGAUCUUUUACUCACUAUAUUUAAAAUAUAAAUAGUAAUUUUAUUUAUUCAUUUAAUAUUAAUAACACAUGUGAUGACGUGUAACGGAAAUUCAUAUAAAAGACAAAUUUUCAUGAACAUAGACUUUUCUAGGCUCUUGUGUAGUUUUGGUCUUUUUUUUUUGUAAAUAUAAUAAUUAUUCCAGUUAGAUUUUAGUGAAACUGUAUAUUAUCUAUAGUCAUAGUUAUUGUAAUUAUUAUUGUAUUUUGUUUUUAAAUGCCUAUUUUUGACGGUUAAGGCCUGGUUUCACUGCGGGCUGAGGUUAUCGUAAAGUAUUUUUAUUUUGCGAUAAAAAAAUGUUACAUUGAUAUUCUUGGCUUGGAGUGGGAUUUAGAUCUCGUUUUGAAAUAAAUAAAUUUUUCCACCAUGACAGUUUCAGCGAACAGUAAUGAAUUGUUAUUGAAAAAUCGAUUCGACCGAAUUUUAAUUUGUCGGUCGUUUCGGUUCGUCGCGAGAUCCCUAUCAUUUAGUCUGUCUCACUUUCAUUGGACUUUAGGGUUUAUUUAAAUUGAACUAAAGUUCGAAAUCCUGUAAUGUUUUAUUGAAGCACGCUUUUUUGUCUCGACUCAGCGUGAAACAUUUUAAUUUGAACUUUAUCACGUUGCGAUACAGUUUAAUUUCAAAAGUCUGUCAUAAUACAAGAUACACCGCCAUAUAAACUUAUAGAAGAUCAUAACGGCUCGCGUUGACUGAAGUAAGUGACUUGUGUUGUCCUCAAAAAAGAUCUUUAGCCACUCGUUAUAAAGUUCAAAUUCCAAUGUUUACUUGUGCUUUUUCUACUAAAACCUUGUUUGUACAGUUUUAUGGGAGUUUUCGUUUUAAAUGUAUGAGAUUAUAGUGUUAUAGAGUCCGUAAUGGCAUGAAACAGCCUCGUUUCAGUAAUACCGUGCCUCUGUGUAUAUUAUUUUAUAUGGUUGUGUUUUUAACUUUACAAAUCGCAAAUAAACUUUUGUUCCGUCAAAUAAGUUCAGUGCAAUGGAAAACGUAUUAAAUAUCUACCGUUUGUAAGAAAAGUGUAUGUAAUAUUUUUUAUGGAUAUCCAAAUUUUUCGGUGUUGCCACAAGCUAUAAUCAAAUAUUUAAAACUUUAAAUCUAUAAAUUUGUUACGCUUUUGUGUUUAAACAACUGUUGCUACUAAACAAAUUGAUUUAUUUAAUUAAAUAGUAUAUAAGAAAGCAAUCUUGCAAUUAGUGAUCCCAUUUUAAAUUCAAUCAUUAUUGAUCUCGUGACUAUGUGACGGAUAAUGCAAAAAGGUACAAAAAAACAUCUCACUCUUAUGCAGUCGGGUAUUGAUUUGAAACUUAUAUUUGUAUAGUUAUGUGGUUUUACCGUAAUUCAUUAAUGAAAUAUUCAAAAUUGUAAUGUUAUAAAGGGAUCUCGUUAGCGAUUCCUCAUGAAUUAAUAAUUAAACAGUAUACAUUGUAUUAUAAAUAUAUUAAGUUGUUAAAGAACAUGGAUUUUAAACAUAAUAACAGCUCUGUUAGCGCUCGAUCUAAGUAAAGAAUUUUUAUUUUUCAAUUUCAGAGUCUUUCAGAGUUAAAUGCAGUGUUUUGCUUUUUUUAAUAAUCCUUUUUAUUUAUAUACCUCCCAAUAAAUAUUAUUUCGUACA